AUGUCUAUCAACCUACGACAUGCUGCUCUAGCAGCUGCCCUCGUCGGCUUUUUGCCAUUGACUCUGGCGCAGACCAACAUCACCGCCAGUGAAUGUGUGGCCCAGAGCGUGUUUUCCGACUGCAAUCGCAAUGUUGCAAAUAAAUGGCAGAGCUGUGUCAAGGGGUGCAAUGGAAAUGGAAACUGCCUGGUGGAUUGCGGAUGUACCGCCCAUCAAGAGUAUAUUAAUUGCAUGGCUCAGUCGUGCUGGAACCAGGUCUACUCCUGCGAAUAUCAACUCUUCGUUCAGCAGUACUUUGCCGUCUGUCCCACGGCCUCGGAGCCCAUUCCAUUCUGGCCGGCUCCAGACAACGCCGCCAACCGAUGUUCUUGCAAUCUCGGCAAAGUACUGGCCAACACGCUCUCCGCUCGUAACGACCAGCUCAACUGUGCCAGCAAGAUUGCCAACCAGGCCGGGAACAUCCCCGAUAUUUCCAAUAUUAAUAAUCUGCCCGACUCGAUAUCGAACAUUGUCCAAACGGCGACGGAGUGUGCUUGCUGCGGUGCCAGUGCUAGUCUGUCCGCGUAUGUCUUAAACUGGAUUAUCACUGUCGAGAACCUCCCUUCUCCUCCUCCUCUCCUUCCUUUGCCAUUUCGGAAAAAAAAAAGAGCUAACCGCCUCCCAUCCAGAGCAUGGCAAAUCUGUCCCGAUACUCGUCCCACCCUCGCCGGCGCCGACCUAUGGCCCCUCUUCUUCCCCGACAACUAUCCCAACUUAUACCCCUCCAUCCCCAACUUCGCCUGGUCCACCUGUGACAGCACCCUCUCACAGACCAACUGUCGUGACCUCGGCUUCUCCGACUCCAAUGACAAAUUCUACAAGCCAGGCGAUUUCCCCCGCAACGGGACCCAGACUCUACGCAAUGUCGCAGGUACCGUGGCUGCGCCGCCGAGCGGGACCGUCCUAACGUGGUCACAGGCUUCGGCCACGUAUACCGUCACCGCGACGGGGCUAGGUCAAAAGGUUGUUGCUGGUGCGGAUGGGACGCAGACACAGACGCAGACACAGACACAAACGGGCGCAAUGGUCUCUCAGACUGAUAAUGCGGCUGUUGGGUUGGUUCAGGGUCGCGGAGUGGGUAUGAUAGGUGGUCUUGUUGGAUUCGCGAUUGGUGGGUUCUUGAUGAUGGUUUAA